AUGGAAAUCCCGGGCGAGCUUGUCUCCCGCCCGUCAAUUUCGCAGGGAGGAGCUCCAGAAGAAGGUUCGGGAGCCAGAGCGGAAGAACGACAGCCAGCAGAGGCGGCCCACUUCGUAGGUCAAGGUUUGAUCGAGGUUGUCCGUGAUGGGCCCUUGACCAUUGCCUUAUCUUUGAUCCUGCGACAUGAAUUCUUCAGUGUUGGGGUCUGGUGCAGGGAGGAGCUCCAGAAGAAGGCGCGGGAGGUGGAGCGGAAGAACGACAGCCAGCAGAGGCAAGAAGACGUGCCAGAUGCUGGUGCCGUCGCGCCCGAUCACGACAAGGAGGAGCUGCAGAAGAAAAUUCGGGAGCUGGAGCGACAGAACGAAAGCCAGCAGAGGCAGAUCGAAGCUCUGGAGGCCGAGAAGGCAGUAGAGCAGCGGGCCACUGUGGUAGCCUCCCACGGGCAGGAACUUGCCGCGCCUGCGCCGGCACCUGUCCAGGAGUUCGUGGCGCCUGCGCCCAUUCCGCCGCCUCGACCGGAAGCAGGCUACGCUGCUGAGUUCUUCAAUACGACGAACUCGACUGAGGGCUCCCAUGUACUUGGUUGGAUCGGCGAUGGGGGCGGCUGGGAGCCGGGAGGUGAACCUCCUCGCAAUGCUCCUCUGCCACCAAUUCCUCCGGGCGACACAGAGCCUCCGGGGCCCUGCGGCCCCAUGUGCCGCUGCGGACAGGUGGUCAGCAAGGCCUCAGAGGUCGAGAAGCCGUGGAUCGCUGAUGAGGUUCGACGGCAGGCUAUCCUGGCUGCUAUCGAGCGCUUCCAAAGCCACCCUGGCGUGGAGCGCCGUGGCAAGGUGUCGCGCCAGAAUCGGUUCGAGCCGGCAGCGCCGGAGAAGAUGAACCGCGCGCUGACAAGCGAGCCAAGCAGGACUCAGUACACUCGCGAAGUGCGGGUUCUGCGAUGA